UAGUAUAUGUUUCUUUGAACGCCGCUAGAGUAUAGUAAACUCGUGUAUUUGUGGGUUACGUUUUAAGGAUAUGUCUUGACAGUUCCGGUGCAGGUGAUUUUAGUUGCUUUUGACGGUUUUAUAUACAUACAUAUAUUUCUAAACGUUCACAAAUAUACAUUUCCUUAAACAGUGUAAAGUGAAACCGGAAGUAACGCAAAGGUGACCGUGAUUCGACUCGCGUGCGCUAAAUACAGUAUCACUAGCGCGAGACUGCCGGUAUAGUCCGAUUGUUAUUAUUUAUUGUUAUUUAUUAAUUUGUUUAUUAACAAUAUAUCCAGGAGGGUUUAGACAGCCAUUUGGUUGCUCAGUACAGGGAAGUCAGUGCUGUAAUGUUUGCCUGUUAAGAGCAGGACUUUGGGGUAAUGGCGAGUAAACGCGCAUCAUGGCUGUUGCUAAGGGCAACUCGCUGUGUUUCUCGGUGUUCACGGCACGCGCUGGCGCCUGUGAGCUCGCGCUCUCGCAUUUAUGCUUCAGACUCCAUGUGUGCACACACUCCGGCUUCCUCCAGUCAGUUCUUCAGUAGUAACAGCACAGGUCUGAGCAGUUUGUCUAUCCGAAGUCACACCUGUGGAGAACUGAGCUCCAGUCACCUGGGUCAGGAAGUUACACUAUGUGGCUGGGUUCAGUAUUUGAGACAGGAUCUCUUUGUGAUCUUGAGGGACUUCAGUGGUUUGGUUCAAGUCCUUAUCCCACAGGAUGAGUCUCAGCGGGAACUGAAGGAUGCCUUCUCUGGUUUAUCAGCCGAGUCUGUCAUUAAGGUGAAAGGAAGAGUCAGGCUUCGUCCUGAGGGCCAGAAGAAUGCGAACAUGUCUACUGGAGAAAUUGAAGUGUGUGCUGAGAGCCUGGACGUGUUGAACACCUGCCACAAACUGCCUUUUGAGAUUAAGGACUUUGUCAAGAAAUCAGAAGCUCUCCGGAUGCAGUAUCGAUAUCUUGAUCUUCGGUCUUCUCCGAUGCAGUAUAAUCUCAGACUACGAUCGCGACUUGUGAUGAAAAUGAGAGAGUACCUUUGCAAUUUGCAUGGAUUUGUUGACGUAGAGACGCCAACACUGUUUAAAAGGACCCCUGGGGGUGCCAAAGAGUUUGUGGUGCCAUCUGGAGAACCUGGAAUGUUCUACUCCCUCCCACAGAGCCCCCAGCAGUUCAAACAGCUUCUGAUGGUGGCAGGUCUGGAUAGGUACUUUCAGGUGGCACGCUGCUACAGAGACGAAGGCUCCAAGCCUGACAGACAGCCUGAAUUCACACAGGUGGACAUUGAAAUGUCUUUUGUGGACGCGUCUGGAAUCAUGACUCUGAUUGAAGGCCUGUUGCAACACUCCUGGCCUGAAGACAAAGGGACGAUCAGCACCCCUUUCCCCUGCCUGACAUUUGAGGAAGCCAUGAAAAAUUAUGGAGUGGACAAACCUGACACUAGAUUUGGAAUGAAGCUGGUGGAUGUUAGCGAGAUGUUCCAGCACACACAGAUUGAGUUCAUCAAGGACGCCAUCGUCCAACCAGGCGGCUGUGUCCAGGCCAUCUGUGUUCCAGACGGAGCUAAACACUUGAAGGCCAAGGACAUAGAGGUCUUAAAACAAGCAGCCAGGACUCAGUUCAACCAUGAGGUCGACUGCAUGCUGGUUAGGGAAGAGGGAUCCAUCAAAUCUCCCCUCGGUCGCUUGAUACCGGACACGACGAGGCAGCAGCUGCUGCUGAAGACGAGAGCCAGUGCCGGAGACCUGCUCCUCAUCGUCGCCGGAGCCCAGGAGCGGGUGCGCCCACUUCUGGGGAAACUGAGAUUGCAGUGUGCUGAGCUGUUGGAGGGUCGCGGUGUGCCUGUACGUGACCCUACAGUCUUUCACUUCCUGUGGGUGGUGGACUUUCCCCUCUUCUUACCUAAAGAGGAUGACUCGGAGGAACUGGAAUCUGCACACCACCCCUUCACUGCGCCCAUGCCCGAGGAUGCCCACCUGCUCUACACCCAGCCUCACAAGGUGCGUGGCCAACACUAUGACUUGGUGCUGAAUGGCUGUGAGAUAGGCGGCGGCUCUAUCCGCAUCCACAAUGCAGCUCAACAGAUCUACAUCCUGGAGAACAUCCUCAAGGAAGAUCCGUCUCUCCUCUCUCACCUUUUGGAGGCGUUGGAUUCCGGAGCCCCUCCGCAUGGCGGGAUUGCAUUAGGUCUGGAUAGGCUGGUUUCCAUCAUCGUGGGGGCUUCCAGCAUCAGGGAUGUCAUCGCCUUCCCAAAGUCCUUCAGAGGUCAUGACCUCAUGAGCCACGCCCCCAGUUUGGUGUCAAAGGAGGAGCUGAGGCCAUACCACAUCUCUGUGCUCUGGCCUGGUGCUAAAAAUGGCCAGGUGGACAAACCAUGACUCUUCCACUGUGUAUUGUCUUCUUUACACCUUGACUCUUUUUGUUAAGGGAGGUAAAGCAGGAGGCUGACUUCAUUUCAUGUAGAGCUUGAGAAUCUCUAAGCAGUUUCUUGGAUCAAACCACUUUUUUUAUGUUAAACAUCCUUUUUAGAUACUGUAGUGUCUGUAACUCAUUAAAGACAAUGUAUUCUUUU